GCGCGGGUCGCGCGGGCGGCGGGGGCGGCUCGGCGCGCCGCGGAGGGAUCCCGGGUGAGACGGCUUCCCGAAGUCAGAGGGGAGGAGGCCAAAAAAGUGGACGGGGGAGGGGAAGAGAGAGCUCGCGCUGGAUGCGGCCGGGGCCGGGAAGUCAGAACCGGAACCGGAACCCGUGCGCGCGCCUGCGAUUGUCGCGCGGCCCCCACCGCUGGCGGCCUCCUCUGCUUGCCGCGCGCGCUCCCGCGAAGGCCCGAGAACCCGGCGAGCCGGCCCUGCGCUCCGAGUCGCCGCCGGCCUCCGGCGCUGGUGCUUCCAGGCCGGGUCGGACGGGAACCUCCCGCCCCUCGCGGGAACCGUCGCCUACCGGCGCGUCGGGGAGGAGCCGCUGCCGCCGCCUGUGCAGACCGCGGAAGAGCCUGGGCCUCCGAGGGAUGGGUAGCAGCCCGCGGCGCUGAGAGACCAGGUUCCUGUCACCUCCGGCUGCGGGACCCCCCCUUGCCCGGCACCCGCGCUUGUCCCGGCGCCCGGAGCCUGGUGGGGGCGGCGAGGAGAACGAGCGGUGUCCCCCGGUCCGGGGCCAUGGAGCCGCGCGCGCCUGGCGCGGGGCGGCCCGAGACGCGGCCGAGACUGCGGCCAAGAGCGGCCGGCAGCCCCAGAUAGACAGCGGAGCCCAGCGGGCCCGGCCCGGCGCGGAGACUUUCAGGCCCCCAAGGCCGCGAGGAGGAGCCGACAUCCAGCCCCGAGCCGAUCCCACCCCGGCCCCGGAGGGACUCCCGGGCCGCCUUCCCCGAGGCUCGCCGACUUCUCUCCGUGACAAAGUUUUCUCCGGUGCCUUCCCGAGGAGGAUCGCUCCUUAGCUCUAGAACUCGCCUGCUGGCGGACUUGCUCGGUUUGAUUUGGGAGAUAACUUGCCUCGCUCUCACCCACAUCCCCUUUCCUUGACCACUUCCAGUCGGACGUUCUAGAUGACUGAAUGGAGUUUUGAGUUGGACUCUUGUGUCCCCUACGGAGUCGGGCCUGAUCCCAGAGCGCUGGGGGUGGGGUGGAGGUGUUACUGUAAAAUGCAAGUUGGAUAAAAGGAGGACCUCUCGCCAAGGGCCCCAAUGAGUGGCACACAGUCUACUAUCACCGACAGGUUUCCCCUCAAAAAACCUAUAAGGCAUGGAAGUAUUUUGAACCGAGAGUCACCAACAGAUAAGAAGCAGAAAGUUGAGCGCAGUACAUCACAUGAUUUUGACCCCACAGAUAGCUCCUCCAAGAAGACAAAGUCUAGUUCAGAGGAGAGUAGAUCCGAGAUAUAUGGUCUUGUUCAGCGUUGUGUGAUCAUCCAGAAGGAUGACAAUGGAUUUGGGCUGACGGUCAGUGGAGACAAUCCAGUGUUCGUACAGUCUGUCAAAGAAGAUGGAGCAGCCAUGCGGGCUGGCGUACAGACAGGUGAUCGAAUCAUCAAGGUGAAUGGAACUCUGGUGACUCAUUCAAACCAUCUGGAAGUGGUGAAGCUAAUCAAAUCGGGUUCCUAUGUAGCUCUCACUGUUCAGGGACGCCCACCUGGGUCGCCCCAGUUUCCACUUGCUGAUUCUGAAGUAGAGCCAUCAGUCGUUGGACAUAUGUCUCCCAUCAUGACAUCUCCUCAUUCACCUGGAGCAUCUGGGAAUAUGGAGAGAAUUACUAGUCCUGUGCUCAUGGGGGAGGAAAACAAUGUGGUUCAUAACCAGAAAGUAGAAAUUCUGAGAAAAAUGUUACAGAAAGAACAGGAACGGCUACAGUUAUUGCAGGAAGAUUACAGCCGAACACCUGCCCAAAGAUUGCUAAAAGAGAUCCAAGAGGCCAAGAAACACAUUCCUCAACUGCAAGAGCAGUUAUCCAAAGCCACAGGCUCUGCUCAGGAUGGAGCUGCAGUUACAUCCUCCAAGCCAUUAGGCGAUGGGCUAGCAGUCAGUGAAAUAGAAGCAGAUCCUGGUGAUGGACUAGGCAGAAUUGACUAUGGCAGUGGAGAUGCUUCUCGGCCCAGUAGUGAAAGUGCAGAUAGUCCCAAGAGUGGCCUGAAAGAGAGGAUUUAUCUAGAGGAAAACCCAGAGAAAAGUGAAGUAAUUCAGGACACUGACACUCAAUCACUUAUUGGGAGUCCCUCUACCCGUAUAGCACCUCAUAUUAUUGGAGCAGAGGAUGAUGACUUUGGUACUGAACAUGAACAGAUCAAUGGGCAGUGCAGCUGUUUCCAGAGCAUUGAACUGCUAAAAUCUCGCCCUGCUCACUUGGCUGUUUUCUUACACCAUGUAGUUUCACAGUUUGACCCUGCAACAUUGCUCUGUUAUCUCUAUUCAGACCUGUAUAAACAGACCAAUUCCAAGGAGACUCGUCGUGUCUUCCUUGAGUUUCAUCAGUUCUUCCUGGAUCGAUCUGCACACCUGAAAGUUUCUGUUCCUGAUGAAAUAUCAGUAGAUCUAGAAAAAAGAAGACCCGAGCUUAUUCCUGAGGAUCUACAUCGCCACUAUAUCCAAACUAUGCAAGAAAGAGUCCACCCAGAAGUUCAAAGGCACUUGGAAGAUUUUCGACAGAAACGUAGCAUGGGGCUGACGUUGGCUGAAAGCGAACUGACUAAAAUUGAUGCAGAGAGAGACAAGGACCGGGUAACUUUGGAGAAGGAACGGGCAUGUGCAGAGCAGAUUGUUGCCAAAAUUGAAGAAGUGUUAAUGACUGCUCAGGCUGUAGAAGAAGAUAAGAGUUCAACAAUGCAAUAUGUUAUUCUCAUGUACAUGAAGCAUUUGGGAGUAAAAGUGAAAGAACCUCGAAAUUUGGAGCACAAGCGAGGUCGGAUUGGAUUCCUUCCAAAAAUCAAGCAAAGUAUGAAGAAAGAUAGGGAAGGCGAAGAAAAAGGGAAGCGAAGAGGAUUCCCCAGCAUCUUGGGACCCCCAAGGAGACCAAGCCGUCAUGACAACAGUGCAAUUGGCAGAGCCAUGGAACUACAGAAGCAGCGCCACCCUAAGCACAUAUCCACACCCUCAUCUGUGAGUCCUGAACCUCAGGACUCUGCUAAGUUGCGCCAGAGUGGAUUAACAAGUGAAGGAGCAGACAUUGGAUACCUGCCAGCCAAUUCCAUGUCCUCCAUGGUUUCAGGGGCCACUCUUUCCCAGGAAGGAGGGAAAGAGAAUGAUAUGGGAUCAAAGCAAGUUGGAGAAACGCCAGCAUCUGGAGACUCCUUAGAUGGCACACCUCGUACUCCCAGUACCAUCUUUGACUUCCCACCUCCUCCAUUAGACCAAGUGCAGGAGGAGGAAUGGGAAGUGGAAAGGGUGACUGAACAUGGGACACCAAAGCCCUUUCGAAAGUUUGACAGCAUAGCUUUUGGAGAAAGUCAAAGUGAGGAUGAACAGUUUGAAAAUGACUUAGAGACAGAUCCACCCAACUGGCAACAGCUCGUUAGUCGAGAAGUGUUAUUGGCGCUAAAGCCUUGUGAGAUCAAAAGACAGGAAGUAAUUAAUGAAUUGUUCUACACUGAAAGAGCUCAUGUUCGAACAUUGAAGGUUCUAGAUCAAGUGUUCUAUCAGCGAGUUUCCAGAGAAGGAAUUCUGUCACCUUCAGAACUACGGAAAAUUUUUUCAAACUUAGAAGAUAUUCUUCAACUUCACAUUGGGUUGAAUGAGCAAAUGAAGGCUGUUCGAAAGAGGAAUGAGACAUCUGUUAUUGAUCAGAUUGGGGAAGAUUUGCUGACUUGGUUCAGUGGACCCGGGGAGGAAAAGUUGAAACAUGCUGCUGCUACCUUUUGCAGUAACCAACCCUUUGCCCUGGAAAUGAUCAAGUCUCGUCAGAAAAAGGAUUCUCGAUUCCAGACUUUUGUGCAAGAUGCUGAGAGUAAUCCACUGUGUCGUCGUCUGCAGCUGAAAGAUAUCAUUCCCACCCAAAUGCAGAGGCUUACUAAGUACCCUCUUCUAUUGGAUAAUAUUGCCAAAUACACAGAAUGGCCAACAGAAAGGGAGAAGGUGAAGAAAGCUGCCGAUCACUGUCGUCAGAUCUUAAAUUAUGUAAAUCAGGCUGUUAAGGAGGCAGAAAACAAGCAGCGCUUAGAAGAUUAUCAGCGUCGCCUUGAUACCUCCAAUCUGAAGUUGUCAGAGUACCCAAAUGUUGAAGAGCUCAGGAAUUUGGAUUUAACAAAAAGGAAGAUGAUUCACGAAGGGCCAUUGGUUUGGAAGGUGAAUAGAGAUAAAACUAUUGAUCUAUACACUUUGCUGCUGGAAGAUAUUCUUGUAUUGUUACAAAAGCAGGACGAUAGACUGGUGUUAAGGUGUCAUAGUAAGAUUCUGGCAUCUACAGGUGAUAGCAAACACACAUUUAGCCCUGUCAUCAAGUUGAAUACAGUGCUGGUUCGACAAGUGGCAACAGAUAACAAAGCUUUAUUCGUCAUCUCCAUGUCUGACAAUGGAGCCCAAAUUUAUGAACUGGUGGCACAGACAGUUUCUGAAAAGACUGUCUGGCAGGACCUAAUCUGUCGGAUGGCUGCAUCAGUGAAGGAGCAGUCCACAAAGCCAAUUCCACUGCCACAGUCACCACCUUGCGAAGGAGACAAUGAUGAAGAAGAACCUCCAAAAUUAAAAGUGGAACAUCAUGGCAUUUCAGUCACUGGUCUGCAGAGUCCAGACAGAGAUUUGGGAUUAGAGUCUCCUUUAAUGUCGUCAAAACCUCAAUCUCAUUCACUGGAUACCUCUGGGAAAUCGGAGGUGGAUGAUGACCUCUUUGUGGCUGAGAGACAGUUUGCAAAGGAGCAGCAUGCAGAUGGAACCCUAAAGGAAGUUGGAGUCAAUUAUCAAAUCACAGUCCCAGAUCCACACUUGCCUGUCUCAGAAGAACGGUGGGCGUUGGAUGCACUAAGGAAUUUGGGUUUGUUGAAGCAGUUGCUGGUACAACAGCUGGGUUUGACUGAGAAGAGCACUCAGGAAGACUGGCCGCAUUUCCCGAGAUGCAGGACAGCCUCUCUGGGGGCGCAGGCAGACAGUGGAACCCAGAAGCCUGGCAAUAUUAAGGCCUAUCAUCCUUGUGAAGGACAGAUGCCCUUUAGAACUGGAACUGGUGACAUUUCAACUUGUUACAGUCCACGGACUUCAACUGAAUCUUCUGCUCCACGGGAUUCAGUGGUACUGGCAUUCCAAGAUAGCCAGGCAAGUAACAUUUUAGUAAUGGACCACAUGAUUAUGACCCCAGAGAUGCCUCCCGCAGAGCCAGAAGGGGGUCUUGAUGAGAGUGGAGAGCACUUUUUUGAUGCCCAUGAAGCACAUAGUGAUGAUAAUCCAUCAGAAGGUGAUGGAGCAGUUAAAAAGGAAGAGAAGGAUGUUAAUUUGCGCAUCUCAGGAACCUGUUUGAUCCUUGAUGGCUAUGAAACAGUGCAGGAGAGCUCCACGGAUGAGGAGAUUGCUUCCUCUCUUCCCCCGCAGCCCGCGACAGGCAUCCCCUCUAUGGACUCUACCCGCCGGCAGCAGCGUUCUCCCCAGAAUGCUCAUUCUGAUGGGGCAGUUUCACCUUUCACCCCAGAAUUCCUGGUCCAGCAGCGCUGGGGAGCUAUGGAGGAUUCCUGUCUUGAGAUCCGGAGUCCCUCCUCUUGUGCAGAUUCACAAAGCCAGAUCAUGGAGUACAUUCGUAAGAUAGAGGCUGACCUUGAACACUUAAAGAAGGUGGAGGAAAGUUACAGCAUUCUUUGCCAAAGGCUGGCUGGAUCAGCCCUCACAGACAAGCACUCAGAUAAAAGUUAGAGCCGCGUGUCCUGGAGGUGACUGCAGGUUGUUGGAUUUGAGCAUCGGCCUUGUAUCACCACGUCCUGGCUCCAGUGUGGACGCAGAGAGAGUGUGUGACAGAGGAUCUGCCUGCGAACACCCUGGGGUAGCCACGCCCCAGGGGCCCGGAGCGGGACUGGUUCUUCACAGCCUGGCAGCUGCACUAGUCUGUCAGUGAGGGGACGUCCGUUCUCUCACUCUGCUCUCCUCACUAUCAGAAAUGCAUUUUGAUUCAGAACAAAAACCAAAUGUAUAGAGCUUUGGGUGUAGAAUAUGAAAUUUUACUUAGACUUAAGACAAAGAGAAAAUCAGAUGUAUUUAUUUGACUUCAUUCCGUAUUUGAAAGCACAUUUUAAUUUUUAUUUUGCCAUGUUUUGUUUUAACUGAGUAGUGAGAGUUUUAGCCCUUUGUACUUAGUACACCCAAGCAUCGAUUGCUCCCGAAGCAAAGAGUUCAGUAUGGGGUAUUAGGAGGUGGGGUAGAGAGGUGAAGAGCAGGACGGGGUAAGCAGGGCAGGGGGAAGCAUGUGGCCUCCACCAAACUGUAUCCCGUGCCCUCUGCUAUCCAGUAGGCUGCUUGUCUGAGGGUCACCUCAAAAGCGUAGUCUGCUGGGACUCCUGAGUGCAGAGGACUUGAGCUCUGUGCUCCCAGGUAGGGCUUCCUCCCACCCGAGGCAAGCACCUCUUCUUGUAGCUGGGAUCCACUCCCAAUGAACAGGAAUCCUCAAUGUACUAAAGAGCAGGCACUUGAAAAUGGGUGUAUUUUCUUCUAUUGUCUCCUUUUCUGUUGAGGGUUGGGAUUUGGGAGGGAGAGGAAAGCAAAUUUUAUUUUCUUGACUAUAAGUUUGUUAUUCUUGGUAUUGUUUCAUUUUUAUAAUUAUACAUUAGACUUUGGCACUUGUGUAAAAUUACCCCUGCAGAUUGAGCAGGAAGUAAAAACAAGCAAACGGCGAUGCUUCAGGUGGUGGCAGGGGUGGGGGUCGCUGAAGGAAGGUGGGGUGGGAGCGGGUGAGAGUCUGGGAAGGUUGUGUAACUGAAUCACUACUGAGUUGAACAAUGGCUUUCAUUAGCCACGGGUACUGCUGAUUAUAAGGCCAGUAACAUUUUAGUACCUGGAGGUUUGACUCUAAUUUUUGCACUGAUGGUGCCAAAGGGCUCUUUGAGUUAAAAAGAGAGCCGAGAGUGGAGCGGAGAAAGCUGUGGUGGAGAAGACAGAGCUGCUCCAACCAGCUCCAGAAGCACUUCCUCUGACUUCACUGCUGGAGCCUUUUCCACACUGGUGCAUGACUGACCUUAAAAAUUGCAGACCAGAACAUACACUGGAUACUGCAGGCAAGGCAUUGGUAACUGCCUGCUCUAGAAUGAAUAGUAGUACUGGCAGCACCCUCCAGAGGAUAAAUGUUUCAGAACUGUAACUUGAGAACUCCUUCAGUUCUGGUGGCUUUCUGUGGUUUUCUUUGUGCAUCAGGUAUGUAUGUUUUGGAGUAUUUUUGCCAACUAAAACUAAAUCAUUUGUCAAAUAUGAAAAUUCUGUUAGUAUGCAAGGAGUUCAUCCACUGCUCAUAUCUUUCAGUAGUGCCCUCGGAACUCUGUGGGUAGUUAGGAUGUAAUUUUACUCUUCCUUGCCAUCCCCCCACCCUCUGCCCAAAUAUAUAUAUAUAUAUAUAAAAUAUAUAUAUAUUGUAUAUUAUAUAUAAUAUAUAUUUUAUAUAUAUAUAUAUAUAUAUAUAUAUAUAUAUAUAUAUAAAUUUCCCCUCAUCACAAGUGGUAAGGAUUCCCAACUACUUUUAUAAACACCACUACAACUUAACAAGCUCAUCUACGUCCAGAUUCCUGUUUCCGUUUUUCCAAAACUGAUCUGUGUUUUUAAGUAGACCAACUUGGAUUGUUGGACCUCAUCUAUAAAUUAGAAUUUUAUUUUGAGUUGUAGCCCAAGUAUAAAUUAAAUCAAAAUGGGAUUAAAAUUUUUAGAAGCAGAGGCUAAUAUAUAAGUAAAGCUUGGGACUUGAACUUUCUGUAUCUCUUAAGAGAAGCAAGUAAAAACCAAAUGGUUACAUUGUGCUGCUGGAAAUAAUGUAGUCACUCCCAACUAAAAGAAUUGCACCUGUAGUUACUUGACACUAAUACCAUCUGUGGACAGUUAAUCAGGAGAAUGGUAAAUACAAAUAGAACUUUCAUCUUAACUUCAGACGCUACAGGGUAAUUGCAUAAUUCUCUAGCACUCAUUCCUUUAAAGAAGCUUUGUAGGUUAGCAGAGUUUUGGUUUCUCUUCUAGCUCAGCCAGUCCCUUGUCCUUAGCAACUAUUUGCUUUUCUUUUUCCUGAAGUUUAACCUCUCCUUGGAACAAAAACAGGGCUAACUGGAAAAAUAUUUUGACCAUAGCUCUAGUACUUCCAAAUAAAUUCAUAUCCAGAUUGUCAAACAAAGCCCCCAAAUGAAGUCUAAUUCUGAAACGAUUCCACAAUUUUGAGUGUUCUUUUUAUCUUACCAACCUAACUUCUUCCCUUCUUCUCAUGCUGGCCUCCCACACCCUCUAUUUUCUUUUGGCCAUUAUAAAUCACAUCCAUUCGACUUUGAUACUCUACCUGCCUUUCAGAAUGAUGGAAUUAGGUAUUCACCCUGUCUUUGAGUGAGGCUGGUUACCAUCGAAGCCAUUUUCUCAAAGUUACGUGACCAGAAGUUGGAAUCUACUUCCAUACGGAAAGAUCCAAGGGUGGUAGACAAAGCAACCUUCCCGGAGCAGGAGAGCUGGGUUUGAGCUCUAUUGUAGUGACCUGCCGUGACCCUGUGCUCUCUCAUGUGGCCCUAAUGGCUCCUUUGCUAUUAAGUGGCAAAUUACAUUUGGAGUGUCUCCUUCCUUUUCAGAGAACAGAAUUAAUCAAGGCAAAUCAACAAACCCCCAGAGUGCUGUAAUUUAAAGUCAUGAUCACUGCCCUAGAAACGAUAUAUUUGGCAUACUUUAAAAUCAGCUAACUUGGACUGCUUGAGUUGUCUUGGCUAUUAGGACCUAAACGGUUACUAUUAUAUUAUGCUGCACAGAAGGUAUAUUUUAUAAGCUUUUUGGCUUUCUGUUCCCUAAAACAACUCUAACAGCUGUUAGAAAGGAUGAGUCCCUCUGAAGUUUUUUUGUUAAUGUGUUUAUGGAAGCGGGUGGGGAGCUAGUGUGAUAGUAGAGGAGAAGAGCCCAUUUUUUCCUUAGUUUCAAAGCUAAAGAAAAUACUUAUGCUUCCUGUGAGUUGUCUUUCACUCACAUACUUUUCUUUUCGUUCUGAUAUUGUUAGAUUUGGUGUAUCAUGUGGAGAGUCUGUAUUUCAAACUGGAAGCUGUCUUCUUUGAAGGUGGUGUGUGAUGUUAUUUUGAGCUACUAGAGCUUUGGUCAAUAUUUCCUUCCCUAUAUGUCACGGGGGGCACCGUUCAGAACUGUGUACAGAAGACCUCGAACAGAAAAUUAGCAGGAACUUGCAGUCAGCUUUCUGCUGGCUAGCUUUUUUGCCCCCAGUAUUACAAUUUUUGUUUUGUAAAUCAUGUCUUUGCUGACUUUUCUACCCCUUUUCAAAGUGAUCUGAAAAAUUGUUUUUUCCUCAAGAAAAAAGUUCCUUUGCCUCAUUCUUCCCCACUGGUACUGAUGGUUUUGAAAAUAAAUUGGUAGGAAAAAAUUGUACCUCCUAGAAGGAAGCCCUGUCCACCAUUUCCAGGUGCCAAUGGCUAAGCAGACGUACUGCAAACAUAACUGUAAUGCACACUGUGGGUUAUUCUUAGUCAGCCUCUUCCUGCUAGAACAUUUUAUUUUCCUUGUUCACCAUACAAUCAUGUACUCUUUAACAGAAAUUACUUUUAAAGAAAUCUGGAACUAUCUUAAAAAAAAAACUUUAUUAAUAAUCAUGUAUUUUUACUGAUCACAUUUUGAAAUGCCUAAAAGACUUUAUUGAUCUAAUUAUCCAGAUGUACCUUUGUAAAAUAGCUCUUUUAUGAAUUAGCUGAUAAGGCUGUAUGUUUCUGGAACAAAAUAUUGGUCAUCUAAAAACUCUGUUUUCUGGGGUCUGGGAAAAUAGAAAAUGAGAGUUCAAAUAUUAAAUAUGCUUAAAGGAA